AUGUCAUUUAUUAAAAUAUUGAAGGCACCUAGCAAAUUAUUCAAGAAGGAUGUUAUAACAUUUUUAACUAUUCGAAGACACGACUUGGGAGUGUCUGAUAAUAAACUACAUUAUAUUGCCGUGAAACCCACGGCAUCAAUUUCCAUGCUCCGAAACAAGGUAUGGCACCUCCUCGACUUACCCGAUUAUUGCGAGGAAGUCAUAAAACUGAGUACAGAGGAUGGUAAAGAGCUACCGCUAACUGAAUUGCGUAGGGGGAACAAUCCUCAACAUCCUUAUACGUUAGAAGUCUGGUUACCAGAAAAUGUACAGCCAUUCCAUAACAAUAUGAUAACAAUGGGAGGUAGCACCAUAAUUAAUCGUAAUGUGACGAGUGAUAGUGAAUUUGAAGAAAAAAUUAACAAUGAUAGUAGUGGAAAAUCAGAUGUUCCAGGUCAGACAUUAUCAAAUAAAACAACAGCAAUCAAUAUGUGUCAGAGGUACGCAACCCUCCCUGACACGCUGUCAGAGCACAAAGCAUCGGAAAUAUCGUGCAAGAUAUCAUCGUCAUCGCUUUUCUAUAAACUACACGGAAGGAAAAGCAGAGACAACUUCACCAACAUCCUGCUAAAGAUACAAAAUGACCUCAUAGUGCUGAGCAACAAACUGUCAAACUUGGAGAACAAAAUUCACGUUUGA